AUGCUUGCCCGUGAGUUCGAUGUCGUGAGUCCGGCGAUGAGCGAUGUGGUCGAGUACGAGUCUUUAACCGCCCGGCCACCUGUGGCAGUUGACUAUUCUUCCCUGGCUUGGUGGCUUUGCGAAGAGCAGCAAAAGACAUACUCGCGUCUCUCGCGCAUGGCCAUCGAUGUCGUAUCGGUGCCGGCCAUGUCUGCCGAGCCUGAGCGAGUCUGUUUUGGAGCAAGACGUACUAUUUCAUGGGACCGAUGCCAGCUUGGGAGCGCCAUCGUAGUGCAUGAAAAGUUGGAUCAAGAGCCGGAUAACAAAGGGAACUUUCUGGAUGCGUUAAAUGCACUAGAUGAAGAUAUUGGUGAGGGUGGCGGCAUAGAAGACAUGGAAGACGAUACGGGAUGGGCUGGCUCCACGAUGGAAUCAAUCUAG